AUGUCCACACCGUCGAGGUAUGUCUCCAUUUAUCAUAUUUCAAUUGAUUUAGGUAUAGGACAACCAAGAAUCCGUUUGAUAGUGGCAAAUUUAAUCGACUGAUAUUCAGUCCAGGAGUUUUCAAGGGUAAAAAAGGAGAAGUUGAGGUAAUGCUUUAUAACUUUUUAUAAAGUUUAUGUUUUGCUUUUUAUAUUCUUAAUGUUAAUUUAUGCUUUUGCCUUUAUUUUUUAAAAUUAUAUUGUUUUAGAAAUCUCCAUUAGCUGAAUCGCCAGAGAACUUCCAAUGGACGAUAGAAGAACGGUCAUUCAUGGCUCCAGCUUUUCUCGAAUAUCCGCAAGCGGUCGAGGAGUAUCAUGAGUAAGUUAUUUUGAAUUUUAGAAAGUAUUAAUUAUGUUUUGUCAUCUGAAGCAAUAUUUUUUGAUUAUAAAGAAGUUGACUUUUUCCAGAGAAAAAGACGAACGAGUUCAAAUCUACGUCAAUAACUACUUUAAAAACGAGCAUUAUGUUCCUAGUCCGGAUGUAGGGGUAAGGUUUGAUUCUACUUUUCAUUGUUUUAUGUUUAGGUAUCAUCAAAAGUGUCAAUAACUCGAAGUAGCACGUUUUCAUCUGAAAAGAGGGUGGUAACAUUCAAAGAUAAGAAGGAGUUUAAGGAUUCUAGUACUCAAACCGACUUUCACAUACCUUUAGAUUUGGACUUUGAAAGUAUAUUAAAGGAACACAUAGCAGGAGAGAGUUUCUUAUCGGCUGAGAACUCGUUCACCUCAAAAAGGUAGUUGUGUUGUUUAUUUUCUGUACUGUUUUCAAGGUUUCAAUCUUUUAAUUGAUAUCGAGAUUUUCGUAAAGCGUUUUUAAUCGAGAUCAACGGCUGUUUUAUAUUGUAUUACCUUCUUUUUAGCUUUACCAUGUAGGUUUGUUCUGAUUAUGUUGUUUUAGACGAAGAAGAAUGUGUAGUUCAUUCGCAGAUUCCCCGUCGACUUCUCCAGACGCAGAAUCUUCUUACCAGAACCCAGGGAUAUCAUCCUUUACAUUUGACCCGAGUAUGAGUGAAAUACGAUUGGAUAACACCAAAGAUGACUCUGUUGAACUGUUUUGUGGAGGAUCGCUUAACUCGAACUCGGAAGAAAUGGAAGGACCCUUGGGGGAAGUAUCAGAAGGCGUGUCUGUUGUAAGGGAGAGGCUGGACUUGUCACCUAUACGAUAA